AUGUGGGGGAAAAUGUCUUUCCACCGGUCUAAGAAACCCGUGAUUGGGAAACCUACGCUGGUCAAUAAAACCUUGAACGAUGAUGUCUAUCAGUCAAUGUCCUCCCUGUCUGCGAUACCGGGCGCCGACAGAUACUAUUCAUCCAAAACCCUCCCCGCCGUACCACCCAAAACUGCGGGCUCGUCCUUCCCUUCGCGCCGGCCAGACCCUGGCCAUCGAGUCGCAUCUUCCGUGUAUUCGCGCGACACCCUCGUGGAUCCCGUGCGGCAGCGUUCCAUCAGUUUGACGCAGCAUCCGCCGCAGCAAGACGUCCCGUUCAGCGAGAGUCAAUAUAGUCUGCCCUUGACCAUCAGUCCGACCAGUCCGAUCAUCUCGCCUCCUGACACGCCGACCUCGACCACUCCGGGUCCCCGCAGUCGCAGCAGCUCCCAGGUUUCACCCAUCGACGAAGAACCCAAGCAGGGGUCUGCUGGCGGUGGGCCCAUGGAUUACAAGUUCAGCAGCCAUCUGCCGGUGCUGAGCAAACGAGGAGGGUCGUCGCAUACUGAAAAUUCUCAGCUACCGCCAGGUUCCCGAAGCUCGUCGACGUCCAAUGCCACUCGAUGGGAUAGCUUCGCCGGGGAGCCGACAGUGAGCGACUUCGGUAGAGCCGGGCAGGUGGCGCCGGGUGGUGUUUCUUUCCAAACACACAUCUCCGCCAAUCCCCAGCCGUCCGGAUCUCCAUCCCCGAGCCUCUUCGGCAAGGGCAAGGAACAGCUUCUGCCGAAAAAAGUCCGUGGUCGACUUUCAAAAGGGGAGAACACGCUACCGCCCGCUCUGCGUGAACCUUGGAAAGGCCCUAGUGGACGAUCACCGAUAGUCGCGCCCAUUCAGGAACAGCCGCGAGCCCGGUCGUCCUCCCGCGUGCGCAUCUCGCCAAGCAACGAUCGCUUGAGAGAGGAUGCAAAACCAUCGCUCGAUUAUUCUUCGUACGGAAUUGUUCCUUCGGUCGUGACGACAAUCACGGGAGGUGAGACGACAGAUAAGCGCGCGCCCAGUACGAGUGCCAGCGCCCAUAGUUCUCGAACACGGGUGCCUAGCAGCCGAGAGAACCUUGUUUACUCCAGCGCCUCCAGCCAUGCUCCGCCACGUGUGGAUCUUCCAGCGUCCGAUCUUAGUGCCUCACUGGCCGAGCUGACACUCGUCACCGAUGACGACACACUUCAGCCUAGCAGCCGUUUCAGCGUGACUACUUAUGAGCCCACCGAAGCAUCCAGUACGACAACCAGUCGCCGCACCAGCGUUGAUACAGCGUCGCAGUCUACAGAAAACUUCUCUUCGAUCAUGUCCCGCAAACGACCGGUUCCCAGCGCGAUGGCCCCCUCCAAGAAACCAUCCCGCAAACCCACCCCGUCGCAGGCUUCCAACGAAGACGCAGUGUCCAUCGCACCCACCGAGCUCUCGCCAGAAGAACAGGCCCAGAGUCGCAUCGAUUCCCUUGAAGCUAGAAAGGAUAGUCUUGCCCGGCGCCGAAUCAAUAUCAACACGAUGAUCCACGAACUGACCCAGGUCAUUCAACCAAGUUCCAUCGCAUACGACAUGGCUGCCAGAGAAGAAGUCAAGAAAACCGUUUCCAGUCUGAACAACGAACUGGCUGAGAUCCAACGGGAAGAGCACGAGCUCGGCCUUAAACUCUACAGGGCCUGGAAGAAACGAGAUGAACGAAACAACUAUGGCGGUGGCAGUGGGCUGUGGGUUAAGCGAAUAACCAGUUAA